CUUAAGAUUCUCCCAUAUGUACAGCUUGUUCACAGAAUUACAAAGAUGGGUUUCUUUCCACAAGGGGUCUCUCCCUUUCCUUGAGAGCUUUCAAUGUAAAGCAAUGCAUUUUUGUUGCCCAAAAUAGUUCAUCCAAUCAUUCACACAAGAAAAUCUCUACACUAAUUUUUCUGUGACCUUCAACAGUGUCAAAAGCUGAGAAAGUCUGGCAAUUCAGAAGAAGAAGAUGAUGAUUCCUGAAUUCACAUGUUGAUUUGAAAAAAAAAAAGAAAAAAGUCUUAUUUACUGUUGCAUUCAUUCAUCCUCUGCUCCUGUCACAAUCACCCCAUUCAAUUCAAAAAAAUGGUAUGGUUACUCCCUCUUCCCCUGCUUCCUCUGCUCUCUCCCUUGUAAAAAAGAAAAAACAAAAAGGGGGGCCUCCGCAUUCAUUAACGCAACAUGGCGCAAAUCUCCACCGUCGAUCUCACCAUCAAGAUCGCUUCCACACCGUUAAACUCAUCUCCGUACAGCUCGGCCCCGGUUUCCCCUCUCUCCUCCGCAUUCGUCUCCGCUCUCCAGUCCCCUUACAUCUCCCCGCGGCUCAACUCCGACGACGCCACCACCGCCACCCUCUCCUACAGCGGCUCCCAAUCCGACGACCUCCCCAGCACCUCCUACACCCCGCCGCCGGAGAAGCUCAAGCUGCCGGAAUCCGCGCCGCCGCGGAUUUCAUUCUCCUUCCCAAUCCCCCGCAUUUCCUUCACUUCUCCGGCGGGGGCCAAUUCGAAGCUCCGGAGCUGCGACGUCUACAUCGGUUUCCACGGGAAGAGCCCGAAUCUGCUGAGGUUCUGCAAGUGGCUGAAGUCGGAGCUGGAGUUGCAGGGGAUUGCUGCAUUCACGGCGGACAGAGCUGUGUAUGCGGAUAAUCAGAGCCACGAGAUUGCCGAUAGAGUGAUCUGCUCUGUCACAUUCGGCGUAAUCCUUGUAACGGACUACGCUCUGCUCAACCACCACAGCUUGGAGGAGAUCAGAUUCUUCGCGCAGAAGAAGAAUCUGAUCCCUCUCUUCUUCGACACGGACGCUAAGGAGGUCGCGAGCCUCUUCAGCGCCCACGCGGACGGCAACAAGGAGUGUAAGGAGGCGUUGGAUGGCCUGAUGCGAUGCAAUGAGUUCAGACUCGAGACGAGUGAGGGGAGUUGGAGGAGCUGCGUUUCAAGGGCGGUUGGGAUUUUGAGAGGGAAGCUUGGGAGGAAGAGUGUUGUGGAGAGGGAAAUUGAUGUGUGUGAGGAGCUUCCUUUUCAGAGGAAUAAGUUCUUUGUUGGGAGAGAGAGGGAGGUUUUGGAGAUUGAGAGUGCCUUGUUUGGUUGCUUGGAGCAAGAAUGUGAAAGCAAAGUUAGUAACAAGUUCAUUAGUAUGGAUGUUGGGAGGUGUCAGGAGCCGAAUUUGGAGGCGUGGGUGGAGGUCGAGCCGACGGUGAAGAGAGCCACCAAGCAUAGGAAGUCGAAGGGGGGUAGCGUUGUGUGUAUAACCGGGCCUCCGGGAGUGGGGAAGACGGAGGUGGCUUUGGAGUUUGCUUAUCGUUACUCGCAGAGGUAUAAAAUGGUGCUGUGGUUCGGAGGGGAGGCGCGGUAUUUCAGGCAGAAUAUACUCAACAUAUCGGUGAAUAUGGGGCUGGAUGUGAGUGCGGAUGAGGAGAAGGAGAGGGGGAGGAUCCGGAGCUUCGAGGAGCAAGAGAUGGAGGCGUUUAAGAGGGUGAAGAGGGAGCUGUUUAGAGACUUGCCUUAUUUGCUGAUUAUUGAUAAUCUUGAAACAGAGAAGGAAUGGUGGGAGGGGAAGGAUCUCCAUGACUUGAUCCCGAGGAACACGGGUGGGACUCACGUCAUCAUCACCACGCGGCUGCCUAGGGUGAUGAGCUUCGACACAGUGCAGCUGAAGACGCUGCCCCAUCCCGAUGCGAUGGCCUUGGUGAGAGGGAGGCGGAGGAGGGAGUUCUUGGCUGGAGAGGUUGAGUUUCUUGACAAGUUUGCUGAGAGGCUUGGGAGGUCGAGUUUCGGGCUGUGGGUUGUUGGAUGUCUGGUUUCCGAGCUUGGGAUCCUCCCGUCGAAUCUGUUUGAGGCCCUGAACGAGGUCGAGCACGAAGAGGUCAAUGGGGGCUCUGGAUUGAGCAAUGAGGAGCAGCAGUUUUGUAGAACUAGCCCUUUUUUGAUGAAGGUCUUGUCAUUCUGUGCUGCUGUUUUGCAGCAGUCGAAGGGGAAUCGGAACCUCCUUGCUUCGAGGAUGCUUCAGGUCGGGGCGUGGUUCGCCCCAUCGCCUGUCCCGGUGAAUCUGCUAACUGCAGCUGCCAACAACGCAGCGUGUAAAACGAACACGUUGAGGAAAUGGACACGGUGUCUCAAGCUCGCCUUGUGCUGCUGCUCGGGUUGUGUGUCAAGCCAGACAUGGAAGGGGGAGGAGGAGUCCGCCCUUUUAUUAGUCCGGCUCGGGUUGGCGUGGAAGGUGAACCGCCAGCCUGGCUGCUGGAUUCAGUUCCACGCCAUCACACGGACGUUUGCUAGAUGGAAAUACGGCCUAGGUGCAGCUAAGGCCACGGUCCAAGGAGUGAGGAAGCUCGGGAAUCCAUUGGCUACAUCCGACCACCUCUGGGCGUCGGCCUUCCUCGUCUUUGGGUUCAAGUCCGAGCCCCCUUUAGUGCAGCUCAAGGCGAUCGACAUGGUCCUGUUCAUCAAGAGGACGGCUCUCCCUCUAGCGAUAGGGGCUUUCUCGACCUUCUCGAGGUGUAACUCGGCCCUAGAGCUCCUCAAGGUGUGCACGAACGUGCUGGAGGAGGUGGAGAAGUCGUUCGUGUCGCAGAUCCAAGACUGGUGCCAUGGCUCGCUGUGCUGGAAGAAGGCACUGCAGUCGAAUCAGAGGGUGGACGAGUACGUGUGGCAGGAGGUGACACUUCUCAAGGCCACGCUGAUGGAGACGAGAGCGAGGCUGCUGCUGAGAGGCGGCCACUUUGACAGCGGGGAGGAGCUAUGCCGGACGUGCAUUAGUAUCAGGACGGUGAUGCUUGGACACAACCACGCGCAGACGCUGGCGGCGCAAGAGACGUUGGCCAAGUUAGUGAGGAUGAGGAGCAAGAUAUGAACACUGUUUUGGUAGCUAGCUCAGUUUUGCUCACAACGUAAUGUUUCUUGCUUCUGUUUCUUAGUUUGUAAUUUGUAUGUUAGGUCAAAAUUUUACAGAUUUUUUGGAUCA